AUGUCGUCUAACCGGGAGGAACUUGCAUUAAGUCAACGUCGAGAUCUUUCUGAUGAUGAAAAUGAUACGGACGAAAUCUGCCACGACCCGCCCAGAAAAGUAAAUGUAAAAGAUCGAGUACUAUCAUGGUUUAACCCGAAAAAGUUCGACCCUCGAAAACUCCGAGGGGUGCUGAUAGGUGUGACGGUAAUAACUACGCUAGGAGAGAUCUGUACAUACAAAUUGAUAAAACAGGACAUAAAAAGUGGCGAAAUUCCUUUUUAUACACCAGAUGUAAUGAUUCUAGCGUUGUCGAUAUUCGAAGCUCUUGUGGCUCCGAUAGUUUCAUGGUGGGGCUACGGGAAACGGCGGACGAUGCUCCUUGCAUACUCAUCCGUGGUUACGGUGUGUUGCAUCUUGUGGUUCUUCAUCCCAAAUGUAGAAGAACGAUCUAUAUCUGAAUUAUGUGACGCUGCAGAUGAAAACAAUAUUAAAUUUGAGGGUAUGACCACUCGGUCGAUAACCAGAUUAGCGAUCCUCACGUGCACUAGCGUGUCCUUCAUACUCUCUCGCAUCGGGUGCUGGUGCCACGGCAUUGCGUACAGUGACGAGUAUGCUCCCUCAAGGACUAGUAUGCAUUAUGGAGCCCUUCUUUUAUCUCGAGUAGCGAUAUUGGUUAUUGGUGAAAGGAUCAUGACAAGCCUUCUGGAGAAGAACUUGUAUAUACAGACAUUGAUCUUUGUACUGAGUCUAGCUGUUAAUGUGAUACAAUUACUGUGUAUAGUACCCAAAGUAGUGCCUGAAGUAGAUGGGGUUCAGAGGACUCCUGUAAGUCAGAAGGACAGGGGUUUCUUUUUAAGUUUAAGAAGAGUGAUGUGUAAUUCUGUGGCAAUGACACAGAUGUUAGCGAUGGGGCUUAUGGCAGCCGCGCUAUGGGGGUUUGUGUACAAUGAAAGUGAAAUUAGUAAGGUGAAGUUCAAUUUGGUUCGGGAAGACAAUGUACUUAUAAAUUAUACAGAGCUUAUAAUGUAUCAUUUCUUAGUUGUGAUUGUGGGGUACGCAGGAGUUAAAUUCUCAGCUCCAGUUCUUAUGGAGUUUUGCAAUUUAAAAGCGAUGAAGCAGACGAUAUUGAUGAGCGUGCUCGCGUGUAUCGUGUUCGUGGCGCUGACGGUUAUACCGCGCUGUGACCACGGGGAGGUGGCGGGGCUCAGCGAGACGGGACUUACCAUCGGGUCUGUCCCUAACUUCAGCUGUCUCCCCCGUUGGAAUGAGUUUCAACCGGUGUGUGUGGUGGACGAGAUGGUGACGUACGUGUCCCCGUGCCAGGCUGGUUGUAGAAGCACGGAAACCAAUAAUGGCUUCUUCGUGUACUCAAACUGCACGUGCGCUGCCGGCGGCCGCGCGCUUAUCGGCGCCUGCAGCAACGUCCGCUGCACUCAGUCGUAUCAUCUUCAUGGAAUGUUGUUGUAUGCUGUAGUUACUUUCACAGUGCUAGUUUUCCAAGCUCAAGGGGUCUUGCUCCUCCGCAUUGUGGACCAGCGGGACAAGUCCGUAGUGAUGGGGCUAGCGUGGUCGAUGGUCGCCUUCAUUUGUUUUGUCUGUGGACACUUAAGUUUUCUCGGAAUAGGAUUGGCAACCUGCAAUUGGUUUGAAGUAGAGAAGUGUCACUUACAAAACCCUCUCUACCCUACAUUCGUCGGUGGGACGUGUUCCUUGUUAGCCUUAUUGUCUAUUAUCAUUAGCAUCGGUUCUUACGUCUGUCUUCGAGUGUCGAAUAAAGUUAGAGUGGACCAAAAUGCACAAUUA